AGCAAAGGUGGAAGAAUGUCCGAAGUCCGGCUUAACAACACAUCUCUCGCGAGGCCUAAGGAAGCGGCGCCUCGGCUAACGGCCCCCAUUCGCCUCGGGAACAUUGCCACCCAGACAGCGCUUCCGCACACACCCUUCCUUCAGUCCUUCCCGGCCACUCUCCUCCACCCGGUGCAGGAACUGGGUGUGUCAGAGGACUCGCUAGUGCACUGCCGGCCACGUGACGCGGGGCGGGGCGGGGAGGCGGAGCCAGGGAACUGCCUUCCCCCAGGUCCCUCCCGCCCAACGUCAUGGGGUGACCCCGCCCCAUCCGCCGAGGGGAGGAGCACGAGACCCCGCCCCCAAACGGCCUUUCCUGGAGGGACCGGCCGGCCAGUCGGCUGGAGGGCGGGGCGAGAGAGUUUUCUCGGAGGCUUUUUUGGUCCUAUUUGUGAGAUUGACAUUGUCCUUAAUGAUGGGGAAACGCGGAAGAUGGCGGAGAUGAAGACCGAAGAUGGCAAAGUGGAAAAACACUAUCUCUUCUACGAUGGAGAGUCUGUUUCAGGAAAGGUAAACCUAGCCUUUAAGCAACCUGGAAAGAGGCUAGAGCACCAAGGAAUUAGAAUUGAAUUUGUAGGUCAAAUUGAACUUUUCAAUGACAAGAGUAAUACUCAUGAAUUUGUAAACCUAGUGAAAGAACUAGCCUUACCUGGAGAACUGACUCAGAGCAGAAGUUACGACUUUGAAUUUAUGCAAGUUGAAAAGCCAUAUGAAUCUUACAUCGGUGCCAAUGUCCGCUUGAGGUAUUUUCUUAAGGUGACAAUAGUGAGAAGACUGACAGACUUGGUAAAAGAGUAUGAUCUUAUUGUUCACCAACUUGCCACCUAUCCUGAUGUUAACAACUCUAUUAAAAUGGAAGUGGGCAUUGAAGAUUGUCUACAUAUAGAGUUUGAAUAUAAUAAAUCAAAGUAUCAUUUAAAGGAUGUGAUUGUUGGAAAAAUUUACUUCUUAUUAGUAAGAAUAAAAAUACAACACAUGGAGUUACAACUGAUCAAAAAAGAGAUCACAGGAAUUGGACCCAGUACUACAACAGAAACAGAAACUAUUGCCAAAUAUGAAAUAAUGGAUGGUGCACCAGUAAAAGGUGAAUCCAUUCCAAUCAGACUGUUUUUAGCAGGAUAUGACCCAACACCAACAAUGAGAGACGUGAACAAAAAAUUCUCAGUCAGGUACUUUUUGAAUCUAGUGCUUGUCGAUGAGGAAGACAGAAGGUACUUCAAGCAGCAGGAAAUCAUCUUAUGGAGAAAAGCUCCUGAAAAACUGAGGAAACAGAGAACAAACUUUCACCAGCGAUUUGAAUCUCCAGACUCACAGGCAUCUGCUGAACAGCCUGAAAUGUGAACUGAAUAGAAAGAGAAAAGAAAAAAAUCCAUACCCAUUGAGACUAAGAUCAGCAGGUUAAAGAUGGUUGCAGCAUGUGUGUGUGUGGGGAGGAGGCCUAAACUCCAUAUACAAUAGUCUUCCUUUAUCUUACAGUGCUGCAUUUAUUUUACAGUAUAACUAAAUGUUCUUCAUGUAUAAACAUUUUUAAAAGUGCUUUCUUUGAAACACUGGAGAUUUCUUGAGCUGCCUUUAUUUUUAUUUUUACUGCACACUUUGAUGAUAAGCACUCAGAUAUUGCAUCAGCAUAAACAUUAAAGAUUUUCAUUUGAAUAGGAUGGUAUUUGUAAUUUUGCUUUCUUUCCUCAUGAUGUUGACUGUAAAUCCUUUUCUUUCAUACUAAUGAAUAAUUACAUGCAAAAAAUUAAAUACCUUGUGUUUGAGUCAAAUUAGAAAAUAUAAGUGGACCUUACACCCUGCAAAUAUUUAGAACAUGGCAUCUAUAUAUAUAAAAAUUUUUUCUUCUUUUUUUUUUUUGGUACCGGGAAUCAAACUCAGGACUGUGCUUGCCAGGCGGGUGCUGUGCCCCUGAGCUAUAUCCCCGGCGCAUCUCAAUAUUUUUGAGAACUACAUUUGUUUUUACAUAUGCAUUUGAGAACUGUAUAUGUAGAGUUUCACUGAAGGUGCUUCUGGGCCUACUGUUUCAUAGCUUUUUGCAUUUUAUCCUCUUUGAAGACUUCUGUGAUACGGAUAUUUUUCCCCCUGGGGAUUACGUGGCAUGCCAUUGUGGCCCUCUUCUCUCCCCCAUAUUAAGUAAUCAUUUUGCUAUUCCAGGCAGUGCCACCAUGUGUUCGGAAACAUGGAGUUGACAUAUCUUGGCAUUUUAGAACUUGAUAGCAACUACAUAUUUUCCCAUAGUUAGAAAUAUGUGUGUGUAUAUAUAUUUUUUAAUUUAAGGAAUAUUCUUGUCACAUGUAUGCAAAUAGCAUUUUCAUGAUUUACAGAUUUAUUCACUUUUCAGGGGAAAAUGGGGAGAUGGGGGAUCAGGAGGAACUUGUGAGGUGUAUAAUUAUCCAGAUCUUGACAAUUUCGUGUUUAUUAAGCUGGAAUUAUGGCUAUUUCAAACUCCACUUAAAUUUCACCUACUCUGUCUGAAUUUUUUUAAAACACUAAAUCGAAGUCAUUUUUUCAGUGUCUUAAAAGGAAGGUUGCAGUCAUCCACUCAUGGGCUGGGGUCUGUCUCAGAUAAGCUGAAUGCGGAAUGUAGAAACCAAAACAAAGCCUGCUGCUGGAGAGUACUUUCACUUACCAUUCAUUGGUUUUUGUACCAGUAUCUUAAAAUACAGUUCAGUGCAAGUUCUGUCAGUUAAUCUUGCUUUAUGAAUGAGCUGAUAACCCAAACUACAUUUCUUUAAACCUGUUGUACUACUAUGGCACUUUGAUAAAAUUGGCAGUAACCAACUUCUUUACUGGCCAAAGGUUCCAUGUACCAUGUGCUGGAGCAUUUUAAAUGUGGGUAUCUAUGAAUGGUUAUGUUUUCCUUCAUGUAAGUGCCUGUUCAAAAUUUUUAAAAUGCCAAAUAUUUUCAUGGUCACUUGCAUGUAGUAAUUUAGAAAAUAUUCAGAGAUUUUGAAAUCUAACUGUAUUUAACCAGCCUCAAAUUGUGCAACCAUAAUGUAUAAUAAAGAAUUUGAAACAGAAACUGAGCUUGCUAGUUGAUUAAAGUAGCAGUAUUUUCAAAUCUCAAUAUUUAACAUUCAGGAUAGCAUUUCUCAAUAGUUGGGGAAAUUAUGAUGAUAAGUUUUUUAUAAACAGUACCAGUUUCAGCUAUAAAUUGUUCUAUAAUGCUUUUAAUUAGUUGGCUUAAAAGACUAUUGUCUCCAAGAUGAUUAUUCACCUUGCAUGAGAUUUUGUUGUAUAACAAAUUCAAAGAAUACAAAAUCAAAACCAGUAUUUGUUGAUUUGAGUCGAGUUGGCCAGUUAGAAAUAAAAAGCUGAAAACAA